GAAGGAUGAAAAGUGUGAUAGGGAAAUAUGUACGAAAAAUACAAAAAACAGGCUAUUUACACGGACACACAACAAAGCACACAACCGCACUGCUACGACAUCUUGGAUUAUUGCCAGAAACUGACAGACCAGAAGGCGACCACUGACCACGCUGCAGCCCUAUUGGAAAAUAAUUUCAGUAACCCCGCCCCCAAGAAGGAGACCACCGUGCUAUUGGCUGACGAGCUGGACUUGCUUUUGGACCAGGAAGCAGAACAUCAUGUACAAGCUGUUUGAUUGGCCAAAGGGGCGCCACGCCCGCCUGGUGGUGCUGACCAAUCGCCAACACCAUGGACCUCCCAGAGAGGAUAAUGAUCAACAGGGUGACCAGCAUACUGGGCCUGACCAGGAUGUCGUUCUAGCUGUACAGCUGCAGCAGAUCAUCACGUCCAGACUGAACAAGGUCAAGGCCUUUGAGGAGGAGGCUCUGCACCCCGUCUCCAAAAAGGUGGCAGCGUUAUCAGGAGACAUCUGGCGAUGUCUGGACACAGAGAUCUGCGAGCACUCAGCCUCACACAUGUCCUCCACAGGAUUGGUGGGCAUGAGUCAUGUGAUGGAGGCCCUGGAUGAGAUGUCCUCCUCCUCUUACAUCAAAGCCAACAGGAGAAGCUCUUCCUGAGGGCGGUCAUCGCUGAAUUCAGGCGGCUGGGACUGGAGGUGGCCACCUUCCAACAGGUAUAGACCCUACUGAGGUCAACAUUGACUGACUUCAGCUCUUGCUCAACACACAUCUUUCCUUCUUUUACCUGCAUUGUGGAUCUCCCCCUAGGUGUUAGUGCAGCACCAAGCGUUGUCGUGUGGAGGGCCUGUAGCCCAUAAGUGUGUCCGAGGGUCUGGCCGUGUGUCAGCGCCUGAGGGCGUGUCGUCUGCUGCUGCUGGAGGCCAGCCGUCUAGACGUACUACAGCAGGUCAGACUCGACGUCAGCCAGAACGACGUGCUCUACGCACUCAAUGCCGACAGAGAGACCACCAGGGGUCCAGGCAGGGGUCCACCCUGUGUUUCCUGACAAGGUUGGUCCUAACAUAAGGAUUUGUUUUCUCAGUUCAGGAGAGCUGCCGUAUCACCAGGUUUCAGUUGCAGUGAAGGGUUAAACUGUAAUUAUCUCGGUUCCUGAGCCAGAUUGGGAAAGGAAACUGGCUCCAUCAGGACUAUCUCUGUCCGUUCAAUUGAUCGAUGUACUGUUUUGUGAGAACCAAGAUCCCUCUCUCACACUGAAACUCUUCAGGUCCACCAUUGGACCACAUAGUCCCAUGCCUGCCCUUGACCACAGCCAAAACUACUGUACCACUCAGGACUGGGAACAUGAAUCCCACAGACACCUCUGGCUGUGUCCUCUUUUAGAGGCUCACAGUUUGGUUUGAUGGUGUCUUCUGAGAGGCAGAGUAUUUUUUUUUUUAGGACAAGGAUCCUCUGUUUUUAAUAUUAUUUUACAAAUGCUUUUCAGUGUUGUCAUUGUUGCAAGCACCAUUGGAAGCAUUUGAAAGGGAAACUGCAUCGUACUUGAACAUUUUAUUAUGGAAUUCUGCCAAGCACAAAAGAAAUCAUGACUUCUAUUAAAUUGAUUUUAUGUAUGUUUACUGAAAAUUGCCCUUGUUACAAACUUUUGAAAGGAUAUUUAAAUCUGGUUUUAACUCAUUGUGUUGAUGGGAGCGCUACAGUUCCCCAUCAGUUAGCCAUUUGACUUUCCUCUUUUAUCCUUAUUCAAACAUUUUAAUGUUGCUCUUGUUGGUUUUAUGAUUUUCUGUAUUAUUUUUUGAAUAUUGUAUCUACAAAUAUAAUAAAGAUAUUUAACAAUA